AUGAGUCUACUCGCAACCUGUCAAGUCACAACACCAUGUAUGCGGAAAUAUCUUGAUCUUCAGAUGAAUGGUCAUGAUGCACGUCUGCAGCUAGAUACCGCCUCUGAUAUUACUGUUAUAUCAGAGAAACUUUGGAAUAAUAUUGGCAGACCACCAAUCGCAAAUACUUCUCAGACUGCUGUCAGCGCCUGUGGUGGGCGCCUCAAACUAAUUGGUGAACUCAAAUGUUCUGUUUCCUUCCGCAAUAUCAAAUUCACAGGAAUUUGUUACGUCACCAAGAGUGAUUUAAAUCUUUUGGGACUUGAUUGGUUCGAUCGUUUACAUCUGGCUGAUGUCCCACUUAGUUCUGUAUGCAACGCAGUUAACAAGGAUGAAAAUUCAGCCAACUCCUUUUCUGAUUUAUGCAAACUAUUCGCACCUGUUUUUCAACCCGGAUUAGGUCACUGUACCUCGCUGCAAGCUACCUUUCGAGUAUUACCAGACGCAAAACCGGUUUUUCGCCCAAAGAGGCCAGUCCCAUAUGCAUCUGUACCAAAAGUUGACGAAGAAUUGGAGAGACUGCAACAACAAGGCGUAUUAACACCAGUCACGUACUCGGCAUGGGCAGCACCCAUCGUCGUUGUCAAGAAAGCGAAUGGGUCCCUACGUAUUUGUGCUGAUUUCUCUACUGGGUUGAAUGCUGCAUUAGAACAGCACCACUAUCCUUUACCUACGCCGGAUGAUUUAUUCACUGUUUUAAAUGGUGGAUCUUAUUUUGCAAAACUGGAUCUUGCUGACGCAUAUCUACAAGUUGAAGUAGCCCCAGAAUGCCGAGAACUCCUUACCAUUAAUACACAUCGCGGUUUGUUCCAAUACAACAGAUUACCUUUCGGAGUUAAAACUGCCCCAGCUAUUUUCCAACAACUGAUGGAUACUAUCUUGGCAGGUAUUCCGGGUGUUGCCGUCUAUCUUGAUGACAUCUUGGUGGUAGCGAAUUCUAUAAACGAACUUUACAGCAGGACAGAAGCUGUCUUGUCACGCAUGCAGGACAACGGUCUACGACUACGCUCAGAGAAGUGUCAGUUCUCCUUGAGAUCUGUCAAAUACCUUGGAUUUAUAUUUGAUGCAUCGGGUAGGCGUCCAGAUCCUGACAACAUACGUGCUAUAAAAGAGAUGCCCGCACCUACUGACGUGCCUUCCUUACGCUCUUUCUUGGGAUUAAUUAGCUAUUACUCGGCAUUUCUCCCUGCGCUGCAUAAUGUUCGACACCCCUCAAUCGACUACUCGAAAAGAAUGCAACCUGGAAAUGGUCCGAAGCUUGCAGAUCAGCUUUUGAAAAGUUGA